AAUCCGCGUCUUCUUGGCACGCCGCAAAGCCGUGACGCAACCCACGCUCAGCUGCUGCUGCAACACAAUAAAACAUGAGCAAGCCGACGACCGGACGUUUUUUUAUUUAAUAGGUACCAUUCAGAAGGUGAGGAGGGGGUGUGGCGCGGAUGAUACCCCCCACCCCACCACUGUCUCUCUCUCUCCUUCGCUGUCUCUCUCUCAGCUCACCAAAAUAAUACCCACCCACAGCCAAACGCAGAGCCGACGGUUCAGGUGUGAUCCGAUCCGAGAAGCGCUCUCUCUCCCGCAGGGCGCUUCCAGCAGCUCCCCCCGUCUCCCCGCAGUACGCAGAGCGACCCUGUGGCCUGUGGAUGAGGAGGUAAGCCUGGACAUGUCUCUCUCUGUUUUUAAUAUUUAGGUGGACAAUGAUUUGGACAAAGGGGGGCGGAUAGAGCGAGCUGAUCAAAUAUUUAAUCCAACCGGAUCGUUUUCUUUUAUUCUAGCAGCUCCAGAUGUAGACAGCUGUCAUGCUGCGCGGUGCUCCAGCAGAGUAGAGCUGGUUUCUGAGGCUGGGCAGUGGUGCAGCUGCGUGGGCUUGGAGGUAAUUCACAGCCUCCAUGUGGAACGGGUUUAUUCUAGGAAGUGCUUCUGUCAAUGCAGCUGACUGAUGCUCAUUAGGUCUUCUGCUGCUCGGUCCUCCCCCUCUGGUAGCUGCAGCAGGCCACAGAUUCCCUGUAGCCCCGGGGACUGCCAGUUUAAGAAGUUUGAUUACGGAACGUAUCAAGCUGUGAGUUUCAGAACCCAUUGUUGCAGAUCUGAACAUCUUAAUCCCCCUGGAAAGCAAAAAUUAGGAUUGAGAGUAAUUACAGCUAUCUCAGACAGACGGAGAACACUGUCACUGAUAGCUUUUAUAAUUAUGAAAAUUCCAUAAUCAUGUUUCUGGGUUUUUCUAGGCUUGUUCUCAAAGAUCCAUGGAGGCUGCAUUCCAACAGGAGAUUUAAUGCCUCUGAAGUCUGAAGGCUGUGAGCCCUGUGCCGGGUGAUGAUGAGCACUCAGGGCAGCGGCAGAAAAGGAGGGGGCCAGCAUGCUGACACCCCACCCCCACGUCACCCCUCUGGACCCAAGCUGCAGGUGCAGCGCUCCCACUCCCGUGAUACCAUCACCAUACAUUUCUCUGCUCUGGGGAAGGAGGAGGAAGAUGACGAUGAGGAGCUUUAUGGGAUACCUGUUGGAUCUGCUCCUGCUAAAUCUGUUCCUGAUGGUGUGGCAGGACCUCAAGGAACAGGACCUGAUGACCUGUAUGUCUCCAAAGGCCUGGAGGCAAAGGAGGAGCUAACAUUUGAAGCUUCCAAUGUGGAGAUCUUCUCUGGAGCUGCCCCACUGCCCAUAUCUGCCACCACCUUGUUUGACCCCCAUCCGCUCCCACCGUCCAGUGCUAUGUCUGCUGCCUCUGUCUCUGCCCACUCCCACCUGAGCUCCACCCCUCCAACCAGCUCCUCCUGGCCGUCUGAUCGACCAAUCCUACCCCCAACAACAAGCUCCAGCUCCUCUUCACCGUGCAAGUCAGGAGCACUGUCAUCCUCCAAGCCUUUUCUCAGCCUCGUUAGGUCUUUGUCAAAUGAUGUUGACUCUCGAGAAACUGCUCCUGCGGUUACCGCUGCCGCACCACCGCAUGCACGACACAGACACUUAAUGAAAUCUUUUGUUAGGUCUCUAUCCACGGACACUUCCAAGGCCGACCACCAGGAAGGGGCUUUUCAUCCUCAGCAUCAGCCGGUACACACACCCCACAGGACUCCACCUCGCAACAUGCAGCUGUUCAAGCAGUUCUCCCAACCCCGCUUAUCCUCCAGUCCCAUCGUUGUCACGCAAGCAGGAGGAGACUCCAAAACGGCUCCGUCCUCCCCAAUUAUGUCUCCAGAUGGGAGGUCCUUCUUCAAAGUCCAAGAAGUGGAGGCCAAGAUAGAGGACACCAGGAGGCGUUUGUCAGAAGUGAUGUCAGACCCCUUGCAGCUUUUCAGUAAGAUCAUGGGGGAUGAGUCUGGUGUGGGAGCUGCUGGAAGUGCUGCCCAUCGUGCUAGAUCCCUCUCUUCCAGUGCGUCAGAGCUCAGUGGGGUAUUAGCCGUAAAUGGACACACAGAUGCCAACAACUAUAGCAUCAAGGAGGAAGUGACUGAAGGGGAGGAAGAGGAAGAAACCCCUACGGAUAAAGGUCACGACUCAACUAUUUUCUCUUUCCCUUCACUAUCGCUAGCUCCAGCUCUCAAUCAGACCUCGUCGCCUGCUCUCUACAAGUCUCCGUCUCUCACCCUGGGACGCUGCUCCAUGUCGGCUCUCGCCGCCCGACAGGAGGACGAGGACUUCUGUGAACUCUGCAGCGAGGACUUCGAGUUGUGCACUGACACAGAGACACCAGAUGGGGAACGAUCCAUUUCACAGCAGCCCUAUACCGGCAGCACUGGUUUGUGUAGUGAACUGGACAUAGAGGACGAGAGGGUGGAGGAGGAAGUGGAGAACGUUCCUGUUACUGGUCUUGUCCUCUUAGCACAGUUAGUGUAUUGGUAUUUAGUCCUUCCAGUGCCUCCAUGUGUCUGUUCUGUGGUUCAUGGGAUUGUAGCUGGGUUCAUGCUGGCCUUGCUGGUCCUGUGGCUGUCCUCUUCCCAAGGGACCAGACUGGUGAGGAGGAGGAGAGCGCAGCAAAACGUUGAGGUAGAAGUCAAGGAGCCGGAAAUAUUUAAGGGCUGGAUGAAUGAGAUCCACAGCUACGACCCGGAGAUGUACCACGCCACCCUGACCCACUCUGUUUACGUCCGGUUGGAAGGUUCUGUCCUCCGUCUGUCCAAACCCAACCGGAACAUUUCCCGCCGCGCCGCGCACAACGAGCCCAAACCUGACAUCACUUACAUCAGCCAGAAGAUCUACGACCUGACUGACAGCAGGAUCUACUUGAUGCCCCAAAGCCUGGCCAGGAAGAGAGUUUGGAACAAGAAGUAUCCCAUCUGCAUUGAACUGGCCAAACAGGAUGACUUCAUGUCCAAGGCGCAAGGAGAAAAAUCUGAAUCUGGAGAAGACAAAGCUGCUGGGCUGGGAGAGAAGGUGGAGCGAACAGAGAAGGCUGAGAAACCAGAAGGCUCAGCCUCAGCGGAGGAAGCCAAGCGCCCAGCUUCUGGAAGAGCGGAUCUGACAAUCUAUUUGUUUGGGAGGACCGGUCGGGAAAAGGAAGAGUGGUUUCGGAGAUUUCUUCAAGCAUCACAAGUGAAGUCAGAGGGGAGAGGUGGCAGCCUGUCUAGCAUCUUCAAGUGUGCCUUCUUGCCCUCUCACAGCCGCAGUGGCAGUGCCGCAUCUGCCAGCGUCCUGGAGGCUGACAGCAGGAGCAGCAGCCGGGGAAGCCAGGAGGAGCUGUCUCAGCCGCGACGCAGAGAGACCUCCGCUCCUCUCUCACAUGCUGGAGGGGCGAAGCAGAAGAUGCUGCUGGACUAUAAUGUCUACAUGGCCAAAUAUGUUAACCCUCAGACCCCUCCGAGAAGCCCGAGUGCCACUGACAGCCCUGGGCACAGCCCUGAGGGAAGCCCCAAAGCUACCAAAAAGUUGCAAAGGAGUUCAGAGGUCACGGCGGAGCCCGAAGCUUGGGUCAAUGCUUUUCUGGGAAGAGUCUUCUGGGACUUCCUGAGAGAGAAGUACUGGGCCAGCAUUGUCUCCAAAAAGAUCCAAAUGAAGCUCAGCAAGAUCAGGCUGCCAUAUGUAAUGAAUGAGCUCACCCUGACCGAGCUAGAUAUGGGCUUCUCUGUUCCUAAGAUCCUCCGUGCCUCCAAACCAUGGGUGGACCACCAAGGUCUGUGGUUUGACCUGGAGGUGUCAUACGCAGGCUCCUUCCUCAUGACGCUGGAGACUAAGCUGAACCUGGCCCGUCUGGGGAAAGAGGGCGAGGGGCUCGGUGAGCAUGGGAAGGAAUGGCCAAGGACGUACUGUCUGGCAGAUAGUGAUGAGGAGUCAUCCAGCGCUGGCUCAUCAGAUGAGGAGGAUCCCCCUGAACUGCUCAGUGACAAACCCAGUCUGCCUGCAUCUGAAGGCUUUGUAGGAGGCCACAGACCCAGCAAGAUCAUGCGCCUUGUGGACAAGAUAGCCAAGUCCAAAUACUUCCAGAAGGCCACGGAGACGGAGUUCAUUAAGAAGAAGAUGGAGGAGGUAUCCAACACACCCCUGCUGCUCACCGUGGAGGUGCAGGAGUGCCGAGGGACACUGGCUGUCAACAUCCCACCUCCUCCCACAGACAGGAUAUGGUACGGCUUCAGGAGUCCUCCUCACCUGGAGCUGAGAGCACGACCUAAACUGGGUGAGAGGGAGGUCACUCUGGUCCAUGUGACCGAGUGGAUCGAGAAGAAGUUGGAUCAGGAGUUUCAGAAAAUCUUUGUGAUGCCAAACAUGGAUGACAUAUGGCUACCCAUAAUGCACUCUGCCAUGGAUACGCGCUCAAACGCCAACUUGGUGACUUUGACGAAUGACGACUUGAAGGAUCCAGAGCCGCAGGAGUCGGAGCCGUCUGAUGUAUGAAAGCUAUGAUUUGUGAUGUUUUACCACAGAAGAAACCCCUCCUGCCUCUCAGAAACAGACGAUUUUUAUCAACAUUCCCAAGUUAUGAGAUGGAUCUUCAACAUGAAAAAUAGAGCUGGAGGAGUGUGACUUGGAUUUCUCAUUUGAUCACAUUUUUCUCUAACACUGAGCUCCUCUGAACGAACACAACUCCUGGGGUGUGGAGAGACACAAACAUGUACAUGGUGGAUCAGCCAAUAGCCAUCUCCAUCAGCUAGAGGAACCAUAAUACCUGUGAUGUACAGCUGUACCAAACAUGAUGUGUGUACAGCAUAAUUUAUCUCGUUUUUUAUUUGUUGUGUGUGUGUGUGUGUGUGUGUGUGUGUGUGUGUGUGUGUGUGUGUGUGUGUGUGUGUGUGUGUGUGUGUGUGUGUGUGUGUGUGUGUGUGUGUGUGUGUGUGUGUGUAUUGUUGCUACAUUAGUAUUACUCUGCUGCCACUGAUGAAGAAUGUGUACAAGCAUUAAGGGAACAACACCACCAUCUGGUAAUUUAUAGUUGUGCAAAAGUAUUUGCUCACUUGCAGAUUUCUUCUGUUUCUGCCUUUUUGUCACAACUUUCAACAUCAGAUGACCUGAGCAUAAUGCAGAUUCCAAUGAGGAUUUCAUUUAUUUGUUCAAACCAGCCUGAUAAUAGGUGGAAAGUAUUUGACCCUUAAUAACUGAUUGAACCGCUCUGAUGGAACAACAGCAGUCAGGUGUUUGUAAGAACUAGUCACGAGUCCCUCAUCACUGUGGAGGGAUUUGAUCUUCUUUACUGAAUUGUUUUAAUUCAGCCACUCUGGAGGGUUUUCCAGCAAGGAGGUCAAAGGUCAGACAUCAACUACAGACCAUCACACUACCACCACCAUGUUUGACUGUUGGUUUGAUGAUAUUUUUCUGAAAUACAGUGUUAAUUUUAUCAGGACACACACUUUUCUAAAAAGUUUCACUUUUUCUUUGUUGUCCAUAUUGUCUCCAAACUCUCGGCAAUUGGGAGAGAAUCAAAGUGGAGCUGCUGCUCCUCCAUGUCGAGGUGUGGUGGUUUGGGUAUUGAGAUUGUCCCCUGGACACCUUCCAGGGGACAUGUCCUGCUGGCAGGAGACCCCAGGGUUAACCCAGGACACUGUUGCGGGAGGGAGGGGGGGGGGGGGGGGGGGGGGGGUUCGACUGGGUCCUCUCUGCUGGAGCUGCAGGCCCCGCAACCCGUACUUGGAUAAAUAAGUGAAAACGGAUGGAAGUUUUGGGAACGACGAACGUGUUUUUAGUAAACGUGAGACAACAAAGGUUUUGUCCUGGGCACACUUGACCUGGAGGCCAUUCAUCAUGACUUCUGACCUUAACCCAAGCCAUUGAGAUCUGCAGUUCUUUACAUGUUCAGGAUUAUUCUGUUGUAUUUAUUUUUGAGAUCUUUUAGCUUACGUGUUUUCAGACCGGUUGUACUGAAUGAUGUAAUUCCACGUGUCUGGUAGUGAUCCGGUGUGGCUGGUGGACCCAAAGUCAGUUUUGCAGAGAAUGUAUUGCAGUUAAUACACGACUCAGCAAGGAGGCAAACCCUUUUUCUCAUAGAGCCAGUUUGGUUGGGACAGAAAUUUUUUAAUUAAUCUUACAUGAUCUAAACAUUUAAGUGACAAAAAAGGGGGAAAAAAACCAUUAUAACUCUGUAGAGGGUCAAAUGCUUUUUACAGCACUGUAGCUAAGGGCCCAAGCACAUAUCACCGCCUUUAUCCAUCACACACUCUGCUGCCUGGCGCGUAAAUGCAAACCAGUCUGUCUUAGUGCUAACUGACUUGAGGUUUGUGGAAUGUAUGCCAGCUCAGUCGACGUGCUUCUAAGCAACAUAUUUCAGCCAUUUUUAGAGUUGAAUAAAAGUAAAACGUUGCUGUUAUUGCCAAAGUUUACAGUGACGGGUAAAGCAAUCGCUUCAAACUUUCUGCUCUCCAACAUACAGCCAGCUCUUUUACUACGCUGGGAGAUGAAAAUCUCAAACUCCACCAUCUGUUGGUCAAAUAGAUCCACUUUACUUAGGCAUCAUUCUGGAUCUUAGCCAUAUUAUUUAUUGUCUGCAGUUACAGCUGUUGGGUUAUUUAUUGAUUUGCUGUUCUAUGUUGUAACUGUUAAGAAGCGACACCACCAAUGAUCUCCAACCACAGCAGCUCCAGAGAUGACUUUAUAGACGUUCAGGUGUGUGUGAGGCAGAAAGUGCCUUUGAAAUAAUCAAACAUUCCUUCAUGAUGAGCCACCUCGUUUCUCUAAUCAGUAAAGGGAAUGUCUGUGCCAUGACCGUCCGUUAAGACUUGCUCUUUGGUUUUCUUUCCUCUUCAUUUGCAGUGAUGAUGUUGGACAUUGCUGUUCUGUUCUGUUCGGUGAAACUGCAGAAUGUUCUUGCUGUUUGUUGUGGAUUAAUAAAACUGUUUGCUUGGAAAAUAAAA